AUGGCAAGUCCGGAUGGACUCCCCGACGCUGGCGGCCAAUCAUACGACUGCGUGCAGCCGAAUCCAUCGAGCCAGCAUCGGAGAGUCCCACCGCACUCGAAGGUGCAAGGCAACUUCCUCCAGGGCUUCGUGGCGUCUCUAUCCGUCGUCAUAGUGUCGGAGCUCGGCGACAAGACGUUCUUUAUCGCCGCUAUUAUGGCCAUGAAGCACCCUCGCCUCAUAGUCUUCGCUGGCGCCAUAUCAGCACUAGUCUUCAUGACUGUACUGUCUGCAGCAUUCGGGUCGAUAGCCACAGUAAUACCACGAGUAUACACGUACUACGCCAGUGCAGCCCUAUUCGCCAUAUUCGGUAUUAAAAUGCUAAGGGAUGGAUGUAAAAUGGACCCCAAUGAGGGGCAAGAAGAGUUGGAAGAAGUACAGAUGGAGCUGAAGAGAAGAGAGGAUCAGGAUGCAGCGAAAGAGCGAUCUCUGUCGCCAACGUCGACGCGGGCGGAAGCUUCACCGACGCAAGGUGUCGAGUCCGAGCCGCGAAGCGUUCCUUCAGCGUCUUCCACGCGCUCACAGAGCCCUGGGCCCUCGCGGACCCCGGUCGAGGAAGCCCCCGACCCGCCUCCCGAGCCCCAACCCGGGACUUCGAAGCUAACUGACCCCCUCACGGAAGAGAAAGAAGAGACCCUGGACAUGUUAGAACAGGGUCAAGCCGAGAACCGGCGGCGGAAACGUAACGCGAUCAUCAAAGUGUUACUCCAGGCCGCGUCGCUGACGUUCCUGGCUGAGUGGGGGGACCGGUCGCAGCUAGCCACUGUGGUGCUGGCUACCCGGGAGGAUGUGUUCGGCGUUGUGGUGGGCGGUUCGCUCGGCCACGCCCUUUGCACCGGCCUCGCCGUCGUGGGAGGACGUAUGGUGGCGCAGAAGAUCUCUGUGCGGACUGUUACUAUAAUCGGUGGUCUAGUGUUCCUGUUCUUCGCGGUGAGUGCGCUUGUCAUAGGCCCGGGCGAAUAA